UGCAUUAAUCGUUGCGUCACUUCAUACAAGAUAAUGAAAAUGGACUGUGACAUAACCUUCAAAAAUAAAAGUGUUUAACAGUUUAAUAAAGGCUCUUUCGUAACACUUUUUAACUAAACAUUGACGAUGGGCGGUAAUACUUCCAAAGCAGUUGUACGAAAAGUUGUUAGGCCAAUCAAGAAUAUAAAUGUGGAAGAAAGGGCUCAAAAAGUUGUAGAAAAACAUAAAGUAAAGCCGGUUCGAGCACCGUUGCACCCCACGACCAAAGAAAGCAUAGAAAAACAAGUUGCAGAUCAUCCAGAAAUACAAGAAGAAUUAGAGAAACAUGACACUUCGUUGGUUGACCGCGUUAAUACAUUACAUCUUGAUUCUGUUGGAAAAAUACAGAUUCAAUCAACAGACCGUCCUCUACCACAAAGCCGAGAAUCUGUUUUAGAUCCCCUAUUAGCCUUUGAAGAACCAAAAAAGAUUCCAAAGGGAAAAGUUUCCAUUCGACAAAUUGGAGUUAUACUUGACAGAGGUGACUCAGCUGUUAAAGAUCCAUUACUGCAUCAGGCACAGUGUAUUUCUAAAGAAUAUCACUUGAAUGUGCAAGAAACCAUGAACUUAUUGAAAUAUUAUGAUAAAAUUAAAAUUAUAGAAAUAACAUCUGCCUCAGAUAAUGAUAAGCUUUUACAGUGGAAAUAUGAUCAUGAUGAACUUGAGAAACCAAAACCUUCUUGAUGCAGGCUUUAAAUAGGAACAAUUGUUAUUGCAGACUUUAAUUUAAAACAGUGUAAUUAAGUUGUUGACAUUGUUUAUGAGAAAACGCUCAUUGUCUUUUAUUAUAAAGUUGUGCUUAUAAUUUAUAAAAAAGUAGUCACCAUUGA